AUGGCGUCGGUCUCGGUUCUCCGUGGCGCCGCCAUCCAUUCUCUCAAUCUCGAAACUCUAGAGUUCAUCGACAACGCAACACUCGUCAUCACCAACGGCCGUAUCACAGGCUUCUGGAAAACAGCGGAGGAUGUCCCCGAGGAUGCCUUCCCACCCAAUUCAGAAAUCUACGAUCUCAGCUACGGGGAGUUUCUUAUCCCUGGCUUUGUCGACACCCACAAUCAUGCCCCCCAAUGGCCGAUGCGGGGUCUUGGCCAAGGCCUUCACAUUCUAGACUGGCUCAACGAAGUCACGUUCCCUGUCGAAGCGCGUUUCUCUGAUCCCAAAUAUGCGAAAAGAAUGUACGAGGACACUGUUCAGGACUUUUUACGUCAGGGAAUCACGACUGCUUCAUACUAUGGUUCACGACAUGCUGAGGCGACACAUAUUCUGGCCGAUAUAUGCCAUGCCAAAGGUCAGCGAGCUUUCGUUGGAAAAUGCAAUAUGGAUAGAAACGCACCAGACUACAUUUGUGAGGAAAGUGCGGCUGUUUCUCUCCAGGAGACGAAGGAGUGCAUUGCCCAUAUCCGAAGCUUGAAGCCUGAUCACGGUACCCAAUCGGGGUUGGUGAAGCCUGUUGUUACACCAAGAUUCGCCAUAUGUUGCACAGAUGAACUCCUCCGCGGGCUCGGGGAUAUGGUUCAAGCUGACGAUACUUUGACUAUGCAAACGCACUUCAAUGAAGCUCAACAAGAGAUUGAUGCUACUACCGAACUGUUUCCUCAAUUCAAAGGCAGCGAAGCGGAUCUCUACCAGAGCUACGGCCUUCUUAACAAGCGGAGCAUUCUAGCCCACUGCACUAUUAUGAGCGACUACGAAAAAGAGCGACUGGAGGCACUCAAAUGUGGCAUUGCACAUUGUCCGAUAGCCAACAUGACUGUUGGUGGAGGCUUCAUGGUUGCUCCAAUCCGAGACUUUCUACGUCGUGGCAUCAAGGUAGGCUUAGGUACAGAUAGUGGUGGGGGCUGGGCAUCCUCGAUGUUAGCAGUCAUUCGACAAGCCAUGAUAGCAUCGAAUGCAAGAGAGGUAUUUUCGGAGGGCAAAGACAAGGCUCUUUUGCUCGAAGAGGUCUUUUAUCUUUCAACUCUUGGUGGUGCAAAGGUUUUAUGCCUGGAGAACCAAAUUGGGAAUUUCGAGGUUGGUAAAGAAUUUGAUGCGACAUGGGUAACUACUACCAAGGGUCUACAGUCAGCCAUGACGCCAAAGGAACCUGGAGAUUCGCUGAGACACUUGUUUGAGAAGUAUGUCAUGACUGGAGAUGACAGAAAUGUCGCCCAUGUUUUUGUGAGAGGUCGCCGAGUAGCAGGCAGUCGGGAUGAACUAUCCUAG